AUGAUCGAAUUGCUAUCGUCAUCGCUUCUCUAUGAAAUACCUCGUAACCCGGCAAUUGCCGUUGGAUUGCCGAUAGCUUUGGGUGGUUUAAGCGGGGCUAUAACCAAGUCCUCUGUUAACACAUGGUAUGCAGCUCUGGCUAAACCACCAGGCCAGCCACCCAGAAUAGCCUUCCCAAUCGUGUGGACUCUGUUGUACGGUGCAAUGGGAUAUGCGGCUCACUUGACAGCGUCGCAUGUCAACACGCCAUUCAUCGGUGACGCAGCUAGAGAUAGCUUGCACCUUCAAUACGCGCAGUUUGGAAUGAAUAUGCUCUGGACACCACUAUUUUUCGGUGCCAAAAAGCCUGUGCUCGCUUUAUUAGAUAUUGCCGCACUUCUUGGGACAGUGCUGAAGACUACAAAUGAUCUCAGAGGGAUUGACACGAAUGCUUUCUAUCUUUACCUCCCUUACUGCGCGUGGUUGGGAUACGCGACGUACCUGAAUGCUGGGAUUAUCUACAAAAACUACAAGAACAAGAACUGA